AUGAGGACUGAUUUCCCCAUCUGCCCCCUCCAGGACUACAUGAUGAUUGAGCGAGAGAGCCAGCAAGAGGAGGACAACUCCGUCUCCGACCGCCUCGAGCGCCUGAAGCUGCAGUAUUCAGAGAGCGGUAUGAGGCGCUCGGCUGAAGCCCUCAUCGUAGUCACCCACCGAGGCUUCCCGCACGUCCUGGUCGUCCAGGUGGCCAACGCGUUCUACAAGCUUCCCGGCGGCUAUCUCGACCCUUCCGAGUCAUUCGAGGACGGCCUCAUCACCCGCCUCAAUGAGCAACUUGGCGUCCCCGAGUCGACCGCGCCCAACUGGCUCCUCGCGCGCAACAAGGAGGCGGGCGACUGGAAGGUCAGAGAGUGCGUUAGUAUGUGGUACAGGCCCAAUUUUGACACAUUCUUCUACCCCUAUCUCCCUCCUCAGCACACCCAUCCGAAGGAGAUCAAGAAGGUCUUCAUGGUUGAGCUCCCUCCCAAGAAGAUUUUCGCUGUCCCGGCGAACAUGAAGCUGCACGCUAUCCCGGUGUACGAGCUGUACGACAAUGCUGCGCGAUACGGCCCACUCUUUGCCGGUAUCCCGCACAUCCUCAGCAAGUAA